GGAGCGGGAGUCCGGCUCUGCGCUCGGUUCGGCUCGGCUCGCCUCGCGGCGGGCGUCCUAGUCGCCAGCGACACACCAUGGACGGGCUGCCCGGUCGGGCGCUGGGGGCCGCCUGCCUUCUGCUGCUGGCGGCCGGCUGGCUGGGGCCCGAGGCCUGGGGCUCGCCCACGCCCCCGCCGUCGCCUGCCGCGCCGCCCCCGCCCCCACCGCCCGGAGUCCCCGGCGGGCCGCAGGACACCUGCACGUCGUGCGGCGGCUUCCGGAGGCCCGAGGAGCGGGGCCGGGUGGACGGUGACUUCCUGGAGGCGGUGAAGCGGCACAUCUUGAGCCGCUUGCAGAUGCGGGACCGGCCCAACAUCACGCACGCCGUGCCCAGAGCGGCCUUGGUCACGGCCCUGCGCAAGCUCCACGCGGGCAAGGUGCGCGAGGACGGCCGCGUGGAGAUCCCGCACCUCGACGGCCACGCCAGCCCGGGCGCCGACGGCCAGGAGCGCGUGUCCGAGAUCAUCAGUUUCGCUGAGACAGAUGGCCUUGCCUCCUCCCGGGUCCGCCUGUACUUCUUCAUCUCCAACGAAGGCAACCAGAACCUGUUCGUGGUGCAGGCCAGCCUGUGGCUCUACCUGAAACUGCUGCCAUACGUCCUGGAGAAGGGCGGCCGGCGGAAGGUGCGGGUCAAGGUGCACUUCCAGGAGCAGGGCCGUGGCGACAGGUGGAACGUGGUGGAGAAGAAGGUGGAGCUCAAGCGCAGCGGCUGGCACACCUUCCCGGUCACUGAGGCCAUCCAGGUGCUGUUUGAGCGGGGCGAGCGGCGACUCAUCCUGGACGUGCAGUGUGACGGCUGCCGGGAGCUGGCCGUGGUGCCCGUGUUCGUGGACCCCGGCGAGGAGUCACACCGGCCCUUCGUGGUGGUGCAGGCUCGGCCGGGUGACAGCAGGCACCGCAUCCGCAAGCGGGGCCUGGAAUGCGACGGCCGGACCAACCUCUGCUGCAGGCAACAGUUCUUCAUCGACUUCCGUCUCAUCGGGUGGAACGACUGGAUCAUCGCGCCCACCGGCUACUAUGGGAACUACUGUGAGGGCAGCUGCCCGGCCUACCUGGCAGGCAUCCCCGGCUCCGCUUCCUCCUUCCACACGGCAGUGGUGAACCAGUACCGCAUGCGGGGCCUGAACCCCGGCCCCGUCAACUCCUGCUGCAUCCCUACCAAGCUCAGCUCCAUGUCCAUGCUUUACUUCGAUGACGAGUACAACAUCGUGAAGCGGGACGUGCCCAACAUGAUUGUGGACGAGUGCGGCUGCGCCUGACAGCCGGGUGGAAGGGGCGCGGGGCUGGGGGCAUGCAGCGGGCAGGGGCACCGUCGUUCUGCAGGGGCUGCAGCCGAGGGGUCCGGGGUGAGGCCCGACGCGUCCUUCCAGAGUGAGAACCUUCCACUGACUCGACAUACUUUAAAACGCGCACGUAGACAUGCACAGCCAGAUGCAUCCCAUCCUGCCACCCACACAGCAGCCUCCAGGAAACCAGCAAGUGGAUGCGGUGAUAUGUGGCAGCUUUGCUACCGAGGCCCGUCAGCCGGAGCCAAUGGGGCGAGCAGCCACCCUGCCCGCCGGCUGGUCCAGCCACUCUGAGUCGCACCUUCUGCGCCCAUGUGAAGGCACAGAGACAGAGCAAGGGCCGCUGAGAGGGAAAGGAAAUGUGGGGGCAGGGGGCGUGCGGGCUGGCGGGAGGGCUGCGUGUCCCACUUGCCUUGUACCGGGCCUGUUCUGCCUUGGGGUCUCCUGGCACCGAGGUGUCCGCUUCUGCCCCUGCCUGGGCUCUCUCACACUGUGAGACCCGGGCAGCCUGUCUUUUCUCUGCCCUUGGAGAGAGAGAGGACCGGAAUGGACACAGCCUACCAGAGCCCGUGGAGCAGGGGCAGUGACCGUUUGACUGUUGCUUGGGGCCCUGACAUGACUUAUAUGUGUGUUUGU